GCCGCCGACCUCCUCACCGACCUCCUCGCCGACGGCCCGCCCGACCUCCUCUCCCUCGCCUGGACCACCCGCCUCCUCGACGCCUUCCUUCUCUGCCUCGAGGACUUCCGCGCCCUCCUCUUCGGCCCUGGGGCCGCCGCCGCCGCGCGCCCCCCGCUCGACCGCCUCGUCGCCGACUUCUUCGACCGCGCCGUCAAGGCGCUCGACCUCUGCAACGCCGUCCGUGACGGCCUCGACCUCGUCCGCCAGUGGCGAAACCAUCUCGCCAUCGCCGCCGCCGUCCUCUUCGCCCCCGUCGCGCUGCUCGGGGAGCAGCGGUCCUUGUCGGGGAGCGUCUCCCGGGCCUGGUCCGCGGUGCGCCAGCUGCAGGCCAUCGCCGGAGGCCUACCGGUGCCCCGCCCGCACGAGAGAUAG